GGUCAAACCCAAAGCAGACACACCCGGCAUGGAGUCGGGAUCACAGCCGCCUCCCUCACCCAGUCCAAGCGCCGGCUCUCCAGUUACCUCUUCUCUGAGGAACAUCGGGAGCUUCUUUCAGAAAAAAGAGGAAGACGAGACCAAGGUCACUCCACAGAAAAGCAAAUCUCUUAAGCGUUCGAAGACAGAUCCCAACAUGUCUACGUCCAGUGACCCUUUCAGAAAAUCCUUCCGUCGAACCCUGAAACUCGGCACUAAGAGGGACAAGGAAAAAACCUGCAAACAGGAGCUGCUUAUAACUGACACCGAAGUCUCAUGUGAGGAGAAGAAGGAGGGGAGAGAGGAGGAGGACGAGGCGGAGUUGGCGGAGAUCGAGGAGAUGUACACACUGCCAGAAAUACCCCACACACCACUGUCAGUGAUGCAGAUCAGCAAGCUGAUAGAGAUGGAGGUGCUGGAGGAGGCUCACCUACACCUGCUCGCCCUGCGGCGGGAGUUCCAGCAGGAACGGGAGCAGUGUGGUGAGGACUCACCCGUGGAGCUGGUCAAGAAGGAAAAAGACCUCAACCUCCUCUAUGGAGACCUGAGGAACAAGGUCAAGGCCAUAGUGCGCGACUCCAACUCUCUUCCCUCCAGAAACAAGGGGCUGCUGGUCCCCGUGGCCCGCAUCAUCCAGGAGGAGGAGAAGAGAGCCGAGGAGCCAGGAGGGCUGCCGGGCAGCUGGAUGGAGGCCUGGAGGGAGGCGGUGGCCGAGGGGGUGCAGGUGAAGGUGGAAAGCGUUUACCUGGAGCAGAGGGAGCACAGCGCCUCUUGGCUGUCUGUUCACCUGGGUCUGCUGGGUAAGGCCAUCGUGGAGGACCUGGAGAAUGUGAAGAGGGAGCUGCGUAGGUCUUACCCGCCCAGCUUCAAAGUCUUCAGCGCCUACGUGAAGAGCUAUCACAGAGACGUCGGGCAGCAUCUGAAGAAGCUGGAGCAGCAGGUGACGGAGCUGAAGGAUCUGCACGCUCUGCUGGACUGGACCAUCAACAGAUACAAGAGCGAGAGGAUUAUGGGAAGCCUGUCCCUGCAGCCGGACAUGAGGGAUGAAAGCACCGACCUGCAGCUGGAGGAAAACUUCCUGGAGCAGCUGAAGGAGAAAUACUGCUGCAGACUGAAGCUGGACAUGAGAUCUUCGCUCGACAGCCUCAUUGAACUUGAAAAGGAAGAAGUUUGGAGGGACUGCAGAACUCCAGGGAAGGAGGAGGACUUCCUCAACUCCCCGCUUCAUAUGGACAUCUGGACGAAAGUGGAGGGAAUCGUUGUUAACUCUAAACAAAUUGAUGCUCAGCUGGAACAGAGAGUCAUCUCUUCCUGCCUCGAGGAAUUGAAACAGUUCCCCAAAAGGUUUGAGCUGGAGUUCAAGCGUCACUGCAGCGCUCUCCGACCGCAGCCGCUUUGGGCUAAGUAUCAGAUAACCUACAUCAACAGCUUCACCGCUCUACAGCAGCACAUGGAGGGGUACGGGGGAGCCUGUCCAGAUGAGGUGGAGGGGUUCAGAAAAGAGGUGAACUGGCUGAUCGUCAGGCUCACGCAGGGCCUGGAGGACCAGUUCAAAGACGAUGUCAAGCCGUAUCUGAGGAGGAUGAUGACGAGGAAGUGGCUCACGGAUGAUGAAGAUUUUGAUCAGCUUUACAGGCGGACAAAGCUGCUUUCCGAGAACUGCGCUCUCAUGAGGCCUCCACAUGUCCAGCCGUUUGCCAGCCGGCUGCACUACCACGUGGUGAGGGACUACAUCGGCCAGCUGAUGAAGAACAACUACUCCUGCAAGAACCGGAAACACGAGAAGGCGGCGGCCAAGAUCCGUCGGCAGUGGGAUAAACUUGUUGACGUGUUUGAGGACAUGGGUUCGACUCACAAGUGGCUGUACCCAGUAGGAGACGACCUGAGCAACAUCAUCGGUCAGAAAAACAAGGCGGACAUAAAGGACCAAAUUAAACCUUUAGUGGAGCAUUACCCUGAUUUCAGCAGGAGGCACCUGGUGGCCGUUCUUAACUUCAGAGGCCUGCUGAGAGGCAGCGAACACCAACUGAUCCUCCAGCGAUUCACGGAGCUGAAGAAGAAACUGGCCAGCGCCGGCAGCAACAAAAGCCAAGUUUUAUUUGGCGACAUGCAGGUCACCAUCAACACAGACUUCCUGUCCAGUCUGCCUUUCCCCUGCCUCAGAUAACUGCUGCCAGACAAGUAACUAAACACGGAAGAUAAAAUGAAUGGAAUAGCUAAAGAAGUGGAUUUGUUACAGAAAAGGUUCACAGUUGCAGUUCUUCUCAGGUGACUUAGUGCUUUUUGGCACAAAACAGCGUGCUCGCUCUCAAACACAGCCAUCUAAACUCAAACCAACUGACCCUUUUGCACAUAAUCCGAUUUUCCCUUUUUGUUUUUCCUUCACAAAAAAGAAAUCUUCACAUAAAACUUUUUAGUUUCAGAAUAUUAUUUACAGUUGAUUUUUUCUUGUGUCAAUGGGUCACAGAUUUAAAAGGAUAUUUCUAGUGAUACUCAAAAUGUUUUGUUAUUGUCAACAAAUCCGAUGAAAACGGCCAAACCAACAAUGUUUUUUAACUGGUCUGUAUGAGUGAUUCAAGAGAAUUAGCUGCAUUCACUAUUUUAUUGCACUUAGAUAAAACUUUUUUGCAUGAGGCCCAGUGAAUCUCUUAACACAUCAGUGAGCCUCACUGUUGCACCAUGAAUACACACAAUGCAGUUUAUGCUGCCCCAAAUACUCACUAGUACGCCAAAUGAGGAUUAAUCCGCCACUGAAAAAUGUCCCCAACACAUGGCCCAGCUGUUUUAGGAAUUGACGGUGUUUUAUUAAAAAAAUAAAACCAUACAUUUAUGGGAUGUUACAGAUGAACAUCUUCAGUAGGGACCAGUGGGUUUAGAGGUGGGAACCACACUAUUGAGAGACGGACAAAAACAUUGUAGGUUUGGGUCUUCUCAUGAGAUUUGUUGACAAUUAGAAAAACAAGGAAAUGUUCCUUAAAAAAGAGUUUAAAUCAAGUUAAAAGUGAAUCUAAUAUAUGUCCACUGUUUUUACACAAAUUACAAACAAGGAUGCAUGACCUUACUUCUUCUAGAAGCAAAAAAUUAAUUCAACGAGCUCAAUAAUGUCUCCUCUAACUCACAGGCACAUGUAGAAAUUCCAUGUGUUAUCACUUACAAACCUGACAAAAUUCAUUUGAUUCGAUAUCUGUAGGUUGUUACAUAUUAACAUUCCCAGCAUUAUGAGGAGUCGCGAUGACUGUUUUCUGGGAAAGAUGACAGUCAUUAUUUAAUCUGAAUCAAAUGCAAUAUU